AAGUUUCUCUCCUCCCAAAACGGCAGAACGUUCGCGUUUAACUUUCACGAAAUCCGAUCAAGGAUAAUAUAUCAUCCGAGUAUCCAAACAGAUCAGACUCUCCACUCAGUGCUUAGAGUAGAAAAGAUCCAACGUGAGGAUCGGAUUCCACAAUCCACCGCAUCCGCCAUGUCAGAAACCUCCGUCGAAUCCUCAAUCGACCCUCUCUUCCACCUCCUCCGCACCGUCCCAUUCUCCUUCCUCCGACCGCCUCGUCUCCGCCUCAAGCUCCCAACCUUCACACUCCCAUCUCCGAUGACCGUCUUCUCCCUCAUCCUCCUCACCUACUUCCUCGUCAUCUCCGGGUUCAUCUACGACGUCAUCGUCGAGCCUCCGGGCAUCGGAUCGACCCAGGAUCCGGUCACGGGUGCGAUUCGCCCCGUCGUGUUCAUGUCGGGUCGGGUCAACGGGCAGUACAUAAUCGAGGGGCUCUCGUCGGGGUUCAUGUUCGUGAUGGGCGGGGUCGGGAUCGUGAUGCUGGAUCUGGCGCUUGAUAAGAAUCGAGCUAAGAGUGUGAAGGCGUCUUAUGCCACGGCGGGUGUUUCGUCGAUUGUGAUUGGUUAUGUUAUGAGUAUGUUGUUUAUUAGGAUUAAGAUCCCUGGUUAUCUCCAUUAGGGUCCUAUACAUCGCUUUAUUAAACCAGACUCUAAAUGUUAGCAUUUGAUAUCAUCAAUCUCAUCGUUUGAAUUUUGUGUUGGUAAACAAAUAAAAGUAGAGAUUUUGUUA